GUGAUGCUGCAGCGGCGGCCGGGCCUGGGGCUGCGGGCCGGGACCGGAACCGGGACCAGGACCGGGGCUGAGCGGCCGGCGGGCAGGCCCGAGCCCGGCUUCCAGGAGGGAUGCCUCCCGGCUGGACCCGCAGGAGCUGCGAGCGGCCGCCCUCACAAUGACCGCCCCGGCCGGCAGCCCCCCUCCGGGAGAGGCCCUGGGCCCCCCCGCGGCCCCCCAGGACGCCUGGAGGCCCCCGGCCGCGGGCUACGCGGGCGCCGCCCCCCGGCACAUCAGCCACCGCGCCAACAACUUCAAGCGGCACCCCCGGAGGCGGAGCAUCCGGCCCUCCCCGCCCCCGCCCCCCAACACCCCCUGCCCCGCCGAGCUGGGGGGCUUCGGGGACCUGCCCCCCCAGCGGUCCUUCCGGGAGCUGCUCUGCAACGGCUGCAUCCUCUUUGGCAUCGAGUUCAGCUACGCCAUGGAGACGGCCUACGUGACGCCCGUGCUGCUGCAGAUGGGCCUCCCGGACCAGCUCUACAGCCUGGUGUGGUUCAUCAGCCCCAUCCUCGGAUUCCUACUGCAGCCACUCUUGGGUGCCUGGAGUGACCGAUGUACCUCAAGGUUUGGACGGAGACGCCCUUUCAUUCUUGUCCUGGCCAUAGGGGCGCUGCUGGGCCUCUCGCUGCUGCUGAACGGCCGGGACCUGGGCGCGGUGCUGGCGGACGGGGCGGGCCAGCACCGCUGGGGCCUGCUGCUGACCGUGGGCGGCGUGGUGCUCAUGGACUUCAGCGCCGACUCCGCCGACAGCCCCAGCCACGCGUACCUCAUGGACGUGUGCGGGCCGGCCGACCAGGACCGCGGCCUCAACAUCCACGCGCUGCUGGCAGGCCUCGGCGGCGGCUUCGGCUACGUGGUGGGCGGCGUCCACUGGGACCGCACCGGCUUCGGGCGCGCGCUGGGCGGGCAGCUGCGCGUCCUCUUCCUCUUCACGGCCGUGGUGCUGGGCGCCAGCACCGCCCUCACGCUGCUCAGCAUCCCCGAGCGGCCGCUGCGGCCCCGCGCCGGGCCCCGGCCGGCCAUGAAGAGCCCCAGCCUGCUGCUGCCGCCCUCGCCGCCCGCCCCGGGCCCGGAGGCCGCCCCCGGCCCCCCCUCCGGCCCCUGCAGCCCCCCGUCGCCGCCCAGCCCGCUCACGCCCCGGUACGGCAGCCUCCUCAGCGGGGACGGCUCCCCGGCGGCGCUCAGCGCCUUCGCCUCGUCCUUCGCCGCCGCCCACAUUGACAGCGUCCUCAUCGACUGCUUCACGGGCGCCCCCGAGGCCCCGGGCUCGCCGCCCGCCCUCAGCCGCAGCUUCCCCCGGGCGCCCGCCUUCCCCCGCCCGGCCCCCGGCGGGGACGCGGGCGGCCUGCGGGUGGGCUCCCUGGACGCCCCCGCGCCGCGGGCGGCCGGCAUCCUGAAGAGGCCGCAGAGCCUGGCCCUCCCGGACGCGGCGGGGGGCCGGCCGGAGCCCGGCCGGAGGCGGACCGUGACCUUCAGCCAGCAGGUGGCCAACAUCCUGCUGAACGGCGUCAAGUACGAGAGCCAGCUGCCCGGGCCCAGCGAGCCGGGGCCGGCCCUGUCCCUGCGGCACCUCUGCACCACCAUCCGCCACACGCCCCGCGCGCUGCGCAGCCUGUGCGUCAACCACUUCCUGGGCUGGCUCUCGUUCGAGGGGAUGCUGCUCUUCUACACGGACUUCAUGGGCGAGGUGGUGUUCCAGGGGGACCCCAAGGCCCCGCGCACGUCGGAGGCGUUCCAGCGGUACAACAGCGGCGUCACCAUGGGCUGCUGGGGCAUGUGCAUCUACGCCUUCAGCGCCGCCGUCUAUUCCGCGAUCCUGGAGAAGCUGGAGGAGCGCCUGAGCGUCCGCACCCUCUACUUCGGGGCCUACCUGGCCUUCGGGCUGGGCACCGGGCUGGCCACGCUGUCCCGCAACCUGUAUGUGGUCCUGUCCCUGUGCGUCACCUACGGCAUCCUCUUCUCCACACUCUGCACGCUGCCCUACUCGCUGCUGUGCGACUACUACCAAAGCCAGCAGCUGCCAGUACUUCCUGGCCCAGAUCCUGGUGUCGCUGGUGCUGGGGCCGCUGACGGCGGCGGUGGGCAGCGCCCGCGCGGUGAUGUACUUCUCCAGCCUCGUGUCCUUCCUGGGCUGCCUCUACUCCUCCCUCUGCGUGGUCUACGAGCUGCCGCCCAGCGCGGCCGGCGAGGAGCACCAGCCCCUCCUGCUGGGCGUGUGACCGGCCCGGCGCCCACGGGCUGGAGCCGGAGGGAGCCGGAGGGCCUGCCGGCGGACAGGCCUCCAGUUGGAAUGCAAAUACGUGAAAAAACAAUAAACGGCAGCAGCAAAGCCUGUGUGUCUAGUGUGGCUCUCCUGGGAGUGAGAGGUCAUGGGGAGGGGCCUCUUUCCACGUGCACUUGGGGGGCAGGUGUAAAAAGUUGCUUUUUUGUGGGGAGUAUUACAGAUGCCCCCCAUCUUCCCCUGUGCCUCCUCUGCCCGCCCCGCCCCAGGCCUCCCCUCCCUGUCUGUGCCCUUGGGCCAGGCAUGUCUGUAUAUAAGUUCUUUGGUCCGGUUCCCCCUCCCGCCUCCUGAGGUCUUCAGUCUGCC